CCGAUGUGAAGCGCCUGGAGCCUCCAACAUUCAGCGGGGAGGUGAGAAAUUCCUACCCGGAGAACUGAUGCGUCCUUCAGCCUAUGAAAGCUCACUCCCCAACGAUCUGCACCAACACAAGGGAGGAGCUAAGUUUAGGACAACACUAGAUUUCCGCAAGUCUAUAACGUUAAACAGAGUUCUGAAGUCGUGAAGAGGAAGUGCAGAGUUCAUGUGUGUCUUGUUCACGGUACAAGUGUCCCAAGUAACACAGUCGGUCACAUGAUGCGCAAAUACCAGCUGCCAGGUGCUGCCUCUUGUCAAGGAGAACAAAACAGAGAAUUAUAUGAGCAGGGAUCUUGAGCCGAAAUCAUAGCAGGCUGAAGACUUAAGUGCACACAUGCUGAAAUUAACACCAAAGUUUGACCUGCACAGAGAUGUGGAGUGUGAUAUCUUCAGGAAGGAGGCGUCGGUCUGCAGGGUGAAAGAGUACUCUGGAGCAGUGGACGCUCGUAUCCUGAACAUUGAGAGAGAUGGGAGCAUCCUUUUCUCCUGGAAGGGAGCAACAGGGACCACCAGAAUUGGGAAGUAUGACCCGAACACCAGGCAGAACAAGCUCCUGUACACAUUUGACAAGCAGGUGUGUGUCAGCAGCUGUUCCCUGAACAAGGAGGAGACCCUGUUAGCUAUCAGCUUGACACAAAACACCAGCGGGCAGGAGCACCUCAAACCAAUGUCCAAGUGUCUCACUCUCCUGACUGAGAUCCAUCCCAUCAAUAACACUAAAGUCCUCAAGGCAGUGGACUGCAGGGUCAAAGUGCAGUUCCUCCAUUCAGAAACUGACAGGAGAUCAGUGCUGGAGAGCCACCUGCUGCUGCUGACUGAGGAUGGAUAUGUAGAUCUCUACCAUGUUCUGCUGACGAGGCAGGAGGGUUACAGAGUGGUGAUGGCGAAUCCUGAGCGUUUGUCCAAAACAGCAGAGAGAGUAGUGGAGGACUUCUGCUGGAUCCAGUGGGACGGACACACACAAAGACUCUACUACCUCACUAAUAAUGCAGCACAGACUCAGGACAAGUUUGUGAUGAGGUGUGUUCAGUUUUACCUCAGCCAUAACUGCGAGACUGUGUUGGAACUCCCAUUAGAGUUGCCUGCUAAUCCGUUCCGCACCGUCAAGUUUGUAAAUCUGGGUUUUGACCAUUAUCACACAGAGAGACCAGAGCAGGAGCGUGUCAGGAUGACGGUGUUCACAAACAGAAUAGAAAGAAGCAUGUGUGUGUGCUACAGCCAACCUCUUAAAGACAAACAGGAACUGAUCUACACUGUGGUUUUAGUUCACAAAGACUGCAGCAAGACAUUCAGAGUAUCUCUGGGAAGCGACCAGUCGUCACAGAAAGCCACACAGCUCCAUCCACUCUUCAUCCCCAUAGGUUACUUCAUCCUGGUGUAUCUGCAAGGCUAUUUCCUGCAUUGUAUCAACACCAGGCAGCAUGAGAUGCCCUGUCACUCCCUCUUCAUCUCAGGUCUGGAUGUGGACUUGGGCCUGCAGUGUCAGUCAGCUAACAUGACAGUGUUGCAUGCAGAGGGAGAGUCUAGCAGUAGUUUGUUGGAUCAGGCCACUGGGACAAUCCACACUGCUGAGCUCAGCCCUGCCUACCUGCUGCAGAUGCUGCGAUCAGAUGCUCCUACUAGGUGUCCCAGCAGUAAGACUGACCCUCAGCGCCUGGCCGCCCUCCACUGCCUGCUGGUUUACAUGGGAAAUGACCCAAACCUGGAGCUGAAGGUUAUUGAAUGGCUGUGUGACAACAUGAAUGCCUUUGAAUCUUUUGAUCAGAUCCAGGAGUUUAUUCUAGCCUCUUUGUACAGAAUAAGCUAUGAAAAGUCUCUCAGCCUGGAUAAAGUCCUGCCUUACUCCUCUGUAUUUGACAAAAAGGAGAUACCAGUGUGUCUUUUGGAGGUCCCUGGUGUGUUGUGUACCACUGAGCUGCAUAUUGAAGCUGUGAUCCAAGGAAAGGCCAUGAGUCUCCAGGGUUUCUGGUCGGAGCUGCAGUGGAACACAGAGAGGACAAAAUAUCUGGAUGCUGUUCCCAACCCCAGAUACAGAACCUCACGCAUACAGGCAGACUGGGAUAAACUGAGGUCCGAGAGGAGAUCGUCCAGCCACUUAAAUCACAUGGAGGAGAACACAAAGAAAGUUCUAUCAAUGGUGGACACCUGGAGUCUUGAUAAGAAGCUGGUGCCACUUUUCCAGGAGGAGGACCAUCAACAGAGGGCGCUCAUAGGCCUGACGGUUGAUAAGCUUCGCGAGCAUCUCAACAGGCACCUGCCCCGACUGGGGAAGAAGAAGAUCGACUCGCUGGUUGUCAGUUAUGUUGCCAAACUGGUUGGUAAACCAUGUCUGGAGCUCAUCAGACACAUGCUGGAGUCAGUCUGGAUGAAGUAUAAUCUGUGCUCCCGUGUUUUGUGCCUCACGCAGCAGGGCAGUCCGGCUGAGUGGUCCGUGUUUCACUUCAUGUUUCGGAUCUUGGAAGCCAUGAGAGGCCUUUGUCUGCCCCUCCCUCCUGGCUAUCACACACUGUUAGCAGUGUUUGCAGUGCGUUGCCUUCCUCAUCACACCUUCCUACAGUACAUUGACCAUGGUGUCCUGCAGCUCACUGAAACCUUUGUGUCUCGGCUUAUGACAGAUUUGGACAACAGUGAUGCCAAUGAGAGACUGAAGUUCAGCAUACUUAAGAGACUCCCUGAGACUAUGGACCAGAGGAUCUACCGUAUGUGGGACCAUCCUGUUAGCUCAGCUUCAAUCUCCAGAGAUUAUGCCAGAACUCUGCUGGAGAAACACAACAAAAACAAGGGAUUUGCAUUCACCCAUACAGACAAGCCAUGCUUCACACCUGAGUUUCUGCCUCUUACCUACCUGGCAAAAAUACUCUCUGAUAUAGAGGAACAAGCACUGAACCCUUUCGGAGAGCAGGAGAACGUGGACGCCAGGUUUGUGGAGGAGACCGCUCUGAAGCAGACACUGAUACGGCUGGGUUUUGAGGAAAAAUGAAGGUGGAAGGAGCAGAGAGUGACAGGGGGAUAGAUGGAUCAAGGUGCGGGGAAACAGAUGAGGGAGGGAAAAUGUGCUUGAGAGGACAGUCAUCACUGGCUGGGCCUUGAGGACAAGUAACGGAUGGAUGGAUGAUGGAGGGUGGGAAGCGAAAGAUGAAUCGAGAGAUUGAAAGGCAGAGUGCUCAUAAACAACUGGUUGAUGACAAAUUAGGGUGGGAUGGAGGGACAGAUGGAUGCAGCCGCCCUGGAAAGAUGGAAUAGGAGGCAGAGGAUGAAAAAACAGAGUUGAUGUGAGAUAGAAAAAAUUAUCUGAGAGGGACAAUGUAUGCACAGUACCAAAAAUACUAACACAGUGGGGAACACAGUUAGAUGUUUAAUUCAAUUUAGGGAAGCAAAUUUUGAGUGAAAAUCAAUAACUGCAGGCAGUGGUUUAUCUGAACUCAUAUUUCCAUAGCAGCAAUGCUUCUCUCCGCAACGUCUCCACUUUCUCUCAUACAAUUUAUGAACAUUGAUGUCAAAUACUGAAAACAGUAUUUAUAAAUCAAACACACUUGUUUGUCCUCUUGUGCUUCUUGUAAUGCUGCUGCACCCCAUCAACCUGAUUACAUGCUGACAGAAGCCUCACAGAAAGAGGAGCUUGGUGCAUUAAAUCUGAUUUUAACACUGAGCUAUACAGAAUCAUUUGCAGCUGAAUAACUCUGUGAGACCGACUGGCAUGUGCAAAGAUUUCAAAUUAUCCCAUCUGGUUAUUUGUUAUCUGUUUACUUAUACCAAAACCGAACUGACAGGUUGGAUUGAUAAAGAAAAGUAGAUGGGCAAGAAAGAUUUUCAAGCUAAGAGACCAUCACAUUGUAGGUCAUGAACACUUAUGAAAUACACUAUAUAGACAAAGGUCUCAAGACACAUCUCUUUAUGGAGUUGUUUUUCAGAGGUUGGACUGGGCUCCUUACUUCCAGUGAAGGGAAAACUGACCUCACAAGUGCGUCAUUGCUUGAAUGGGCAAAAUUCCCACAGAAACACUCCAAAAUCUUGUGGAAAGUCUUCCCAGAAGAGUGGAAGCUGUUAAAGCUGCAAAGCUGUCUGUGUAUUAAGGAUGAGAUGUCGUUCAAGUCCCUGUUGGUGUGAUGAUCAAAUGUCCCAACACUUUUGUCUAUAUAGUGUAAGUAGGUAUUUUACUGUUGAUGGUUGCUGAUACCUUUGUUUCUGUAAAGUAUAACACGUGCCUCACUUGUGAAGUAAUGUAUAAAGAUGUUUUUCUUUUUCCGCAAAACUCAUUAAUUUUAAACAUUAAUCCAAACAAAAGGGACCAUACAUGAACUAUGACUAAAACUGGCUAAAUUUUGAUAUAGUGGAAAUCUAUUUCAAAGACUUUCUGGUUUGACCUGCAGCUUACGAUGGCUGAUCUUCUUCCUGCAGGCUGGUUAGCUGAAGUUCCCCCAGCUAACAUCAAAUCAGGAAAAGAUUAUAAAUCUGAUUAGACAUUUGAUACCGGCUUUUGCUGUUUUAGUUAGAUACUCUGUGCUGUACAGGACAUAAACUACAGAACUAAAGAAGUAUCAAUACCCAGCCUUAUAUGAGAGGAAAACAGCAGACUUCAUUAAAUUUACUGUAACUUUAUUUAUAAAACACAUUGCAAAAUGAGUCUGCUCAAAUGCCAAAUGAUUUCCAAACCAAGAAAAUCAAAACAAGACAGGACAGGUCUAAUAAUAAGCCAGUAAAAGUGAAAUAAUAAAAACAUCAAAGACUGAUGUUACUCAGACUUCCUGCACACACACACUCUCGAACGUCUGGUUUGAAUAACGUGCCUGCAUGUGCUCAGUCAUGACUGAGCUCUUACUGUAAGUGGGGAAAUUCUUUGGUAGUAGUUGUGGUGUGUGUCUGUGAGAGAGGGAGGGAGGGAGGAUUAUAUAACAUUCUUCUGCAAAAAAGGGAUUUUUUUUCAUCGUUCAUACUUCUUUGGUUUACACAAAGGUUUUGUAAGAUGAAUUGUAAAUAAAGACAUUUUUCAGAUUUACGGUGAUUUUCUGUUUUACUGCCAUACUGUGGAAGAAUGUGGUGUACGAAGAAGCUCUGUGACAACAGUCAGACUUUGGCUCGUGUUGUUUCCAAUGAUUUCCUGUUGAAACCUGAAAAAUUUAGAGCUUGUUGCAGUGCGGAGCCUUGAGGUAAAUUAUGAAAUCAUCUGGACUCCCAGUCAAAUAGCUCGUAGCUUGAACAUUUCUGGAGGGCCAGACGUGGCCUGUCUGUUUCUUGACAAUACCUGAAUGUUUUGGACAGACUCAACUCAGUUAACUAAGACAGGAAAUAAACUCAACAUCAGUCAUCAUACACACAGUAACAUUGAAGAACACACCCAUCUUGCCCUUGCACAUGCUUGAUUUACAGCACCUGCAUUACCACCAAAUUACACAAUCCUCUUUUUAACCUUGAGCUCAUAUCAUUUCUGGGGAAUUCCUAUUUUAAAUAUGAAUAAAUCGCACAUUCCUCGCUCGAUUGCCUCCUCCACACUCUGUUAUGCAGUCAGUGUUAUGUAGCUGACUAAUAAGCACAAACAGUUUGGGGCUAAGUUUAUCUGACAGCUCUCACCAUCAGCUUGC